UCUGGGUCGGCAAGCUCAGCAAUCUACACUCUCCACGCUCCGCUGCUCCACUUGAACACCUGCAACGAAAAACUCGAUUACCGGGUACGACAGCUCCAUCUUGCUACGAUGGAUUCUGAUUUGACGCUUUACCGGUACCGAUGCAUAGUAACAGCUCUCUUUGAAUGAUGCAGACACAAGGUAGGUGUGGUAUAAAGGCGACCGCAAGGUCAGUCUGGUUGUCGCCAGUCCUCCAUCCAAUCUUAAUUGAAUUCUACCACUGAACAUUUGAACCCUCCCCCUGAAGCCAUGACUUCUCCACAGAUCAAGCGCUAUGUCAUUGUGGGCAUGGGCGUCAGAUCCGCGUUCUAUUACCAAAGCAUCAUCAAAGACUUCAAAUCGAGUGCAGCAGUCGUUGGUAUAUGCGAUACCAAUGAGACGCGCAUGAAGGCUGCAAAUGAUCGUAUUGCCGAAAUUGGCGGCGGACGCGUCCCAAUGUAUAAGGCAGAAGACUUCGAUAAGAUGGUCAAAGAGCAAAAGGCCGACGUCGUAAUCGUCACCACCAUUGACAAGUUCCACCACGUAUACUGCAUCCGCGCUAUGGAGCUGGGCUGCGACGCGAUUACAGAGAAACCGAUGACUAUCGACGAAGAAAAGCUGCAAGCGAUGAUCGAUGCGGAGAAGAGGACAGGCAAGCAAGUUCGAGUUCUCUUCAACUAUCGGUAUGCACCUCAUCAUACGAAGGUACGCGAGCUCGUUGAUUCCGGAGUCAUCGGUGAAAUUUCGACGGUACACAUGGACUGGAUUCUGGAUUGCGCACAUGGAUCUGAUUUCAUGCGACGAUGGCAUCGAAACAAAGACACCAGUGGUGGUAUCCAGAUGCACAAGUCCAUUCAUCACUUCGACCUGGUACAUUACUGGCUGAAUACGGAGCCCGAGAUGGUCUACUGCGUCGGUAGCUUACGUUUCUACGGUAGAGAAAAUGCUGAGCGACGCGGAGAGAAGAACCUAGGCGAACGCUAUCUCAACAACGAGGCUGCGAAAGACGACCCGUUUGCGAUUCAUAUCGACCAGAACGCCCAACUGAAGAAACUGUAUCUUGAGGCUGAGCACGAGGAUGGCUAUAUCCGUGACCGCAACUGCUUCGCUGAUGGCAUCACUAUCGAAGACAAUCUCUCCAUGAUCAUUAAGUACAAGAACAAAGCCGUCAUGACAUACAACACGUAUGCCUAUGCACCAUGGGAGGGGUACCGCUGCGUUUUCAACGGAAGCAAAGGCCGUAUUGAGAUAAACGUCGUUGAGGGAGGAUACUCAGCGGGUGGAGAGACUGUCACCAACGAAGGGCUCGGUGAGCUUGAAGCAAACUACAUCCAAGGCGGCGUGGAGAAGACAAACAUCGUUGUCUAUCCCUUGUGGGGAAAGCCUUAUGUUGUUGAUGUUGUCAAGAGUGAAGGCGGCCACGGAGGAGGGGACCCUCUACUUCUGCGGGAUGUGAUCGCUACCAGCGACGGUGAAGACAGCUUCAAACGCGCUGCGUACAUUCGGGAUGGCGGUAAUGCUGUUCUUGUCGGUGUUGGUGCGAAUCGGUCUAUGGAGACUGGCAUGCCUGUACAAGUGCAGGAUCUUGUUAAGUGGUAGUUGAGCUCUUUUCUGACUAAACAAUCUCGACAUAGAGUCAACAUAAACUUCUAGUGAGCUGUGUGUAGUACAAUUGCGGUUGUUCUCGUGACAUUCCAAUGGGUUGGUGGCUUGAUCUCCGAUGGUCGAUCUUAGCGCCACAGUAAGCCAUCAGUCUCUCUGUAACAUGACAUGCUCCUAUAAUAGGAAGGAGUGCAUAUUGCACUGCAGCAUGUUGCGCGUCGUUUCGGCAUCACAAAACCUCGGGUCCGGCAGUCGUUCGCGUGCGGCAGCAUUGCGGAGACCCGAACGAGACAACGCUAAGCCUUCCUGGCCAAUCAGACACCUCCCCUUGGGAUUGAUAGCCUAUCAGAAGCCAGGAGGCUGGCUGUCUCAC